ACCCACUAGCCCGGCCCUAGCAACCGCGCCCCGCCCCUACUGUCUUUGGGCCCCAGCAAUUGGCUGACUCUCUUGAUCUUGGAUCAAGUAUUGGUCAGUGGGGCAGCGCUCUCGGAGCUACCGCACCCUCCUGUGAAGAGUGAUUUGCAACUAAGACUCCACUUAUUAAUCAACUCUGACGAUGAAGAGGUGAUCCAAGGGUCCGUUCUGGGCAGAAGACAGAGUAGGCUGGCCAUUCUCGCAGAGGGCUUUGCCAAGAAUGUAUGCGAGUCUUAUGAGAUACUAUUAUCACAUCAUAGUGGAUAAUAGGACUGAAGCCCAGAGAAGUUAACUAACCAGCCUAAGACCACACUGCUGGGACGUAGAAAAAACACACAGCUGUCCAGAAUCCACAGCUCUAACCACGGUUGGUCCACACUUGUCCCGUCCCCCCCCACUCGGGCCCCCAGUUCUAGAAGCUGAUUGGACCUUUGGUGUCUUCCUGAAGCUCCGUGGUGCCCUUCCCAGGAGCACAGACCCAGUGUCCUCUGGGGAGUAGUGGAGUCACCCUCGGGAUUGGCUGGCCAUGACCUCUGUAAAGGAGCAGGCAGCCAUCAGCCGGCUCCUUAGUUUUCUGCAGGAGUGGGACAACGCCGGCAAAGGCCUCCGAAAUCAGAUUCUCACCACAUUCAUCGAAACCAACGAAGGCAAGACUGGCCCCGAGCUGGAGCUGGAGUUUUCCCAGGGAGCCAGUUUGUUCCUCAUACGAGUGACCACCUGGCUUAGAAUCAUCUAUAUGACCGGCUUGGAACUAGAAAAGAUCCUGAGGUCCAUUGGCAUCUUCUUAUCUGCUGUGAGCAGUAAUCGGUACCUGAUUGAAUUUCUUGAGAUCGGAGGUGUCCUAACGCUCUUGGAAAUACUUGGCGUAGAGAAGAUCAAGGAAGAGGACAAAAAGGAAUCCAUCAAACUACUUCAGAUUAUUGCAAACACUGGCAGAAAGUACAAGGAGCUCAUCUGUGAAAGCUACGGUGUGAGAGCCAUAGCAGAAUUUCUGGCAAAGUCUAAAUCAGAAGAGACCCAGGAGGAAGUACAGAUUCUGCUGGAAACGUUGGUUCAUGGCAAUCCCAAGUACCAGAACCAAGUAUACAAAGGCCUGAUAGCUCUGCUGCCCUGUGGGUCCCCGAAAGCCCAGCGACUGGCCCUGCAGACUCUCAAGAUUGCCCAGUCAAUAGUUGGAGCGACACACCCCAGCAUCGUGGACAGUGUGCUGACAGUCCUGAGCACAGUGCACCUGGAGGUCCAGUAUGAAGCCAUCGAGCUGAUAAAGGACCUGAUCCACUACGACGUGCGCUUGCCUCUGCUCAAGGGCCUCGUGGCGCUGCUCAUCCCACCAGUCAAGGAGACAUCCAAACUGCAGGCCAGGAUCUUCAGUGACUCUUCGAUUCUCCAGACCACAACCCAGCUACCAGUGUUCCUGCAGCAGGCUGCAGCUGCCAAGACUAUUGGGAUCCUGGCACACAAUGACUUGAACUUGGCAGUGGAGCUGCUGAACCUGCGUGUGAUCCAUGGCCUGAUGUCGGCCAUGGGUAACACUGACCACAGCAAUAGCCAGAGGCUAGCCAGCCUCACACUGGAGUACUUUGUGCAAAUGUUCCCAUUGGUGGAGGAACAGGUCCGCAAGUCCAUGGGGGACGAACUCUACCAUCUCUUCCUUAAUGACGCCGAGAUCCUGUACACAAAAAUAGACAGUAUUCAGGCGGACAUUUUGGCAGCCAACAAAGUCAAUGCUACCACAGACAGCUGCGACUGCAUUGACAACAGCUCCAUCAGCUUCUCCCCGGGCUCCAACGAUAUGAAUCAGAGGGGCUGCACCAACGACUUUGAGAAACUUCAUUCCAAGUCCAAGGAGUGACAGAGCCCUGUGGCAAGCCAGGAAAGCUAAGACAUUUAGCUCUCAUUGUCUCUGAAACAACUCCAGAUACAAACACCUUUCCCAGUUUUCCUCGCAGUCGCUCUUCCUUCCUGUAAGUCAACACCAGAGUGUUCCUUGAAGUCUCUUCAGAAUCUUCAUCUCUAACCAUCUGCUGACCUCCCAAGUACUUUGACUGAGCCAUCCACACUCCUGUUCCUGCCACCCGCACCCCCACCCCUAGUCUCUUAGGCUGCCUUGCAUGGUACCAAGGCCCAAGCCCAGAUCGUUUCUACUUUUUAUUUUUGAGGCAAAAAUAUAAUAAAACUAAGUU